AUGGUUCUCCAACGCCACACUGAAGUGCGUGCUGAAGUUGGUGAUCUCGCUGCCAAGGCAUUCAUCCCAUCUGCACUUCACAACGAACCCCGUAUCCACCUAAGUUGCGCUGCAGCUGUGGAUGGUUCCCCUUCCAGCGACUCUCCUGUAGUUCUCACCCCAUCCGAGGAACGAGGUGAUCUCCUUAUCCGUGGCCUCUGGCAACGCGGAACUGAUGGCAUAAUUGAUGUUCGUGUCAUCAAUCUUGAUGCUGCUUCUCACUGUCGCAAGGAUCCUGACAAGGUCCUUUGCAAUGGCGAACGCGACAAGAAAAGCAAGUAUCUCGACGUCUGUCUUUCCCAACGCCGCCACUUUUCUCCGUUUGUUGUCUCUGCUGAUGGUCUACUUGGGGCCGAAGCUGAGGCCCUCGCCAAACGUAUUUCCGCUUGGCUCGCUGCAAGCAAAGUGGCAACGCCCUUACUCAGUGGUGUGUGGCUACCGGUAGCUCUUUAUCAAAGCCCAUUGCAUUGCCCACCGAGUUGA